AUGAGCUACGGUCGUCGUGGUCCUUCCGAACUUGAUUUGGAAGGCAUGGUUUCUUUAAAGGUAGACAAUCUUACUUACAGGACAACACCAGAGGAUUUACGCAGAGCUUUUGAAAAAUAUGGUGACGUUGGAGACGUUUACAUCCCUCGCGAUCGUUUCACUAGAGAAAGUCGUGGUUUCGCCUUCGUCCGAUAUCACGACAAGAGAGAUGCCGACGACGCCAUGGAUGCUAUGGAUGGUGCCGUAAUGGACGGGCGGGAAUUACGCGUACAGAUGGCAAGAUACGGGCGCCCAGCCGACCCUUACCGACGAGGCCCACCCCCUAGAAGAUUCGGAGGUGGUGGUGGCGGCGGCGGAGGCUACAGUUCCUACCGCUCAAGAAGAAGGUCAUACUCGAGGUCUAGGUCUCGUUCACGAUCAAGAUCGUCUCGACGACGACGAAGAUCUUACACUAGAUCGAGAAGCCGAUCCCGAUCUAGAUCUUACAAGAGCCGAUCGCGGUCCCGAUCGCCAUCUUAUUCACGCUCAAGUCGCAGUAAACACUAUAGUCGAAGCCCAACCCCACCGAGUAAAGGAAGUGGCAGCAAGAAGAGAAGCAGUGGUGGUAGUCGCCGAAGUACGAGAAGCCGUAGUCCAAGUAGAGACGACAGGAAGAGUCGCUCCCGGAGUCGCAGUCCUGGUAGUCCGGCCCGGAGCAGUGAAGGUGGUCGUGGAGGCAGCCAGGGACGAAGCAGUGGUCCGGCGGGCGGUGGUGGUAGCACCGGCGGCAGUGGCAGCGGUACCCUAGCUCCUGCAGCCAGUACCGCCAGUGGAGGGCCCCCCCGUGAAAACUCUUCAAAAUCCAGAAGCCGUAGUAGGAGCAGGAGUCGCAGCCGUAGCAGGAGUCGUAGCCGAAGUCGCAGCCGGAGCAGGUCGCCGCGUAGCCGGAGUUGCUCUCCCGAGGGCUCUCCAGAUGCCAACUCAAAUAACCACAAAGAUAAGCAGCAGAUUGAUGAGGAAGACUGA